AGAGAGAGAGAGAGAGAGAGAGAGAAAUCACAGCAGGCAGGAGGGACAGAGAAGCGAGCAAAAAAGCAAGAGAUAGAGGAAGAAAAUAAGAAAGAAGGAAUAACAUUCAAGAAGCAGAAGUACAGUGAACUGACUUGUUUUUAUUUUAUUUUCAUGUUUUUUUUUUUUUUCCUUUUCCUUUUUUUUUUUUGCUUUAACGUGAAGCAGUGAAAAGAAGCAAUGAUGAAGGGAGAAGAGAAGCUAAGGUCCUGGUGACCCUGGGCGUCCAAGUGGAUUAUUGGGGCAAUACAGGAGGGGACGCAUCAACCAGGUGCCUAGUCCUUCUCAUUACACGUAAUCCCAAAUCAGCAGCCAAUGAAGACGAGAGGCAGCGGGUGACAAAAAUAAUUUCAAAAGUCCUCGAGGAAAUGUAAACCGAGGGGAAAGUAUGAAUGGUGUGUCUGAAAGACAAGUGUGCCCAGCGCUUCCCUCUCUCCCUAGCUGGGGACAGUGGCCCAGCCCAGCCCAGCCCUGCCACCGGCCACCUUCUUACUGGUGAUCUGAUUUUUUUUUCUUCUCUUCCUUCUCCUUUUGGGCUAUCCAAGGAUACCGAAUUUAGAAACUAAACAUUGUUUUCUUAGCCUCUCUUCAAAACACCAACUUUGUCCCUUGUUGUUAAAGUAAUAUUUUGUGAUCUUAGAUAUCAGUUCUAUUUAUUGUUUUUUUUUUCCUACCUGAGGAAAUUUCCCCUCCAGACCUCUCCCCACCACCCCAAGCCCUCCUUCCUUCCCUUGCUAUCCCUACUUGGUGCUCUUCACCUGGUUUGCCUGGAAUCACAGCCCAGCGGAACCUGUUUAGACACAUGGAGAAGGAUCCCAACUUUGCAAGGCACAGAGCCUGCUUCUUCUUCCUAAGCUUUGCCAACGCUUCCUGGAAGUCCUGAAUCUCUUGCAGUGCAGUGAGUUCAUGCACCUUCUUGCCAAGCCUCAGUCUUCGGGAUCUGGGGAGGCUGCAUCGAAAGCUCUGCCUGGUUUUCCUAACUCUUUUUGCGCGGCUCCUUGUCUCCUUCGCCAGGCCCAGCUGCUCCCCUGGUCUCCUUUCCCCUGUUUCACACAUGAAGAUGCACUUGCAAAGGGCUCUGGUGGUCCUUUCACUGCUGAACUUUGCCACAGUCAGUCUCUCUCUUUCCACUUGUACCACUUUGGACUUUGGUCACAUCAAGAAAAAGAGAGUGGAAGCCAUUCGGGGACAGAUCUUAAGCAAGCUGCGGCUCACCAGCCCCCCUGAGGCAUCAACCUUGGCCCAUGUGCCCUACCACAUCCUAGCCCUCUAUAACAGCACCCGGGAGAUGCUGGAGGAGAUGCAGGAGGAGAAGGAGGAGAGCUGCACUCAGGAAAACACUGAGUCGGAAUACUAUGCCAAAGAAAUCCAUAAGUUCGACAUGAUCCAAGGUCUUGCAGAACACAAUGAGCUGAGUGUGUGUCCCAAAGGGAUUACCUCCAAGGUUUUCCGCUUCAAUGUAUCCUCAGUGGAAAAGAAUGGAACCAACUUAUUCCGAGCUGAAUUCCGAGUCUUGAGGGUGCCCAACCUCAACUCCAAACGGACGGAGCAGAGAAUUGAGCUCUUUCAGAUCCUGCGACCUGAUGAGCACAUCGCCAAACAGCGCUACAUCAGUGGGAAGAACCUGCCCACUCGGGGCACUGCUGAGUGGCUGUCCUUUGACGUCACUGACACGGUUCGGGAAUGGCUUCUGCACAGAGAAUCCAACUUGGGGCUGGAAAUCAGCAUUCAUUGCCCAUGCCAUACCUUCCAACCCAAUGGAGAUAUCUUGGAGAGCAUUCACGAGGUGAUGGAGAUCAAAUUCAAAGGUGUUGACAGUGAUGAAGAUUAUGGGCGUGGAGAUCUUGGGCGACUGAAGAAACAAAAGGAUCACCACAAUCCUCAUUUGAUUUUGAUGAUGAUUCCUCCACAUCGCCUUGACAGUCCAGGCCAGGGAGGCCAAAGGAAGAAACGGGCUCUUGAUACCAACUACUGCUUCCGGAAUUUGGAGGAGAAUUGCUGUGUGCGUCCUCUCUACAUUGAUUUCCGACAGGAUCUGGGCUGGAAGUGGGUCCAUGAGCCUAAGGGCUACUAUGCCAACUUCUGCUCAGGUCCUUGCCCAUACCUCCGAAGUGCAGAUACAACCCACAGCACGGUGCUGGGACUAUAUAAUACUCUGAAUCCUGAAGCGUCUGCUUCCCCUUGUUGUGUGCCCCAAGAUCUGGAGCCUCUGACCAUCCUGUAUUAUGUUGGGAGGACCCCCAAAGUGGAGCAGCUCUCCAACAUGGUGGUGAAGUCUUGUAAGUGCAGCUGAAAUGCUACCAGCCCUAUCUGCGACCGAGAGGGAAAGAGAGAGAGAGAAAAUAAAAUCCAACACAACUGCUACUGCUGAACUACUCCUAGGGAAACAAAAGAACCAACUUCACCUAGAGACUGGGAGACCACAACCUUCAGUCCUGGACCAAUUGCUGAGACCGAGGCUCCCUUUUGGAAUAUUUUCUCUUUCUCACUAGCUCUGACAAUGAUUGUGGUGGGGAAAAAAAGUGUGGGUUUGGCUAAGGGAAAACCAGUGUCUCCAAAAUACGUGGAUUUUUCUGUGAUGCUCUUUGUGUAUGGUAGGGAGAGAGAGGAAUUUGGCAAAUUAAGGAAUUUUGCUAUGUUACAGUUGAGGAAUAAUAUGGGGAAAGGGAAAGAAAGUGUAGAAAAUGUCUGAGAGGGAAUGAUAUUUUUGAUCUGAGUUGAGGUUGACUCAAAUGCCUGUUGCUGCCUAUCUGUCCUUGGGAAUUUGGAUUUCAUUUUCUUGAAAUCACACAAGGCAAACCUUUUCCUAUAUGUAGAUCAUCAAGAAGGGGAAAUUCCCAGAACUGUACUCUUACUGCCUGGGAUCAGGGUCAGAAUUGCUACUUUUGCAAACUGUCCCUUCUACAUACAUCACUUGGCAUUCUUGGGCCAAUAUUGGGAUAUAACCCAACUAAGAGAAUCCCUGAGCAAACAGUCGAGUCCUGUGGGUAUGUUGAGCUCAGGAGCAGAGGGCUGGCUGACUGCAUCAUAACUAAACAUAAACUCUGUGUUUGCUCUUUGGGCAGUUCCUCUCACUCUCUUCCUCAAUCCAUUCCCCUUUGGAGUUUUGCUAGAUACCUUCCAGGUCAAGACGGUCAUAUGAACUUCAGAUCCAUUCAGCCAAGGGGUGCCAGAGGCUCUCCAUCCUGGCUGCCAAGGACCUGGUGUUCAUUGGUGGAUCCUGGAAGCAGGUACUGUGGCAUAUGAAGUAUUUGGGGGAAAUCUCAUGUGUCUCUUAUACAUUGAUUGACUUGGCCCCUGACUCACAUGGGCUGAGGUUUUUAAAAACACACUCACACACACACAAACACACCCAUUCUCAAAACCUUUGUAUAAAUAAAUAUUGGGGAGGGGGGGGAACUUGAAUCAUUUCAUCUUCUAGAAAAUAACUCAUGGAACAUUAAAAACUUUGUUCCUAGGUAUUAUCUUUAUGUACUAGAGACUCUCUUAUACCUAUUCCCACUUCUACCACUCAAAGUAAACUGGAACCCGGAACAGAGGAUCUUAAAACUCUAAUAACAUUGCUUUAGCAUGAAUGCACUGGGAUUAUACCGCCUCUGAAAUAGGCAUUUUGUAUUGUAAUGCCUGCUUCCACAAUGGUGCUCCAAAGUAUAUACACUCUUACUACCAAUGAGGAAUUCUCUCAGAGACAGAGAAUGUCAGUUGGUCAGACUGCAUUAAACAGAUGAAAAUCUAUCCCCUAAAAGGGAAAGAUAGAUACAAACAUAUUCACCUAUAUAUGAACACUUGCAUAUAAGGAUAUGCUACAAUAUAUUCAAUCACUACUCCAACAUUUCUACAAAGUCACCACAAGAUCAAUUCAAACAUCUAUGACAGAUGGCCUAAAAAGGCAGUUAUUGUGGUAUCCUGAACACAGACUGGAAAUGACUAGCCAGGAAUAUCUUUUAAAAAAAAAAAGUGCCUAUUGACAGUGUCUCUAGAGCUAGAGACAAAGGAAUGCUCAUUGCUUUAAAUCUCUAUGUUGAAGGCCUCUGGAAGCUAGAGAAGUUUAGAAUUCUAUUGGUAUUGAUUCUCAAAUGCCUACCGGGUGUCAUGAAAGCAGGAAGGAGCGAGCCUUUCUCUCUUCCUGGAAAUGAUUUCCUUUGCAUCACUGAGAUCACCUUACCCAGUGGUAAAGCAAAAACAUAAACAUCAAAUGCUAACAUUUAUAAAUUCUCUCUUAAUAGAAGACAUAAAGAGUUUAGGGUUUGGAUGUUUGUUUUGUUUUUUGAUUGGGUUUUUUUGUUUGUUUGUUUGUUUUGGGUUUUUAUUUUAAUAAUCCUUUCUGGGGGUUCUCAUUUGCUGAGCUGCCAUGGGAAUCUUUAGUUGCUAUUCUCAUAUUUCUGCUUUGGCCAUGGCCAGACUGCACACGGUUUCCUCAACAUGAUGCUGUAUCAAGGAAUAUCAGGGGACUGCAUUUCAUUUAGUACUUUAAUUUCCCAACAUCUCAACCUGCCUUCUAACAACAGGUGGUCAUUUACCUCCUUUUGCGAAGGAUACUUAGAGGGGACAGGGCAGGUAGCUUGUCCUUUGUGGACCUUAGAACUGAAUGCUGUUUUUCCUGAUAACCAGUUUGGGACUUCACCCACUACCUCUCAUUCUGGUUGGCUUUGAGAACACACAGUCAGAGAUCAGUAAGAGUUAAGGAAAAAUGAGGGUCUUCCAGCCAUUCGCUUGCCCCUUAUCACUUCCUCCCACUCUCCACAUAUCUCCUCCCCUAGGAAGCCUUCCUUUUAUUUAAUCCAGCCAGGAUUAAUCUUCCCAGAAACACUGAAAUAGCUUACUUGGGUCAUCUCCUGUAAGCAUAGGUAAAGCUUCAUAUGGGAACCAUGUUGUACUUCUUGUCAUACCCCAAAGAAAGCAGACAACAGUGUGAUUCCAAAGAUAUUUUUUAUGGAAGAAGUCUUCUCUUGCCUUAAUCACCACAUCAAAUAUGGGAAGGGAUCUGGUUGCCAGGAUUACAACUACAUACUCUAUUUACAGGGACUAUAAAAACGUGAAUAAUUGACUCUCCAUUUUCCUACAUACAUGUUAUUUAUGGGAGUCCGGGGAUAAAGAGGAGCACCAGAAGCAUUACCACAGCCAUGGAAGUGGGCAGGAGGGAGGACUGCAUGUACUAUUUAGCUUCUUAUUGUGAGCUGCCCAGUGCCAAUACAUUUACUUGAAAGCACUUGAAUAAGUGAAAAGGUAAGAUGUGGAAUCUCCUAUCAGCAUCUGCAAAGUCAGGAAGAACACUAUAUAUUCUACUGACUGAUUAUUUUCUGAAGAAUUUCUGAACAGUCCCAUUAAUCUACAACCCUUUAUUGUGAGUAAAUGGCCUAAAUCUCCAUUCACAAAUACCAUUAUAGCAGAUUCCAGAUAACCCCUUUAUUCACAAACUUUCAUUUCAAAGGAAAUGGCAGAACUCUAUUUUGUCCCCCAACUUAAUUUACAGUUGAAUGGAAAAAAAAAAAAAAAAAAAAAA